AGUAGGUGUAAAUCCUCAUAUCACUGCUCAUGCAACAACAUGGAACUCAGACGAAUCCCCAAGUGGCUGCCACCAUCUGUCACUAACUUGGAUUUGGCAAGAAAUAAGAUUUCAUCUUUAAGUGUGUCAAGGCUCACAAAGUAUAAGAACCUGAAGAUAUUGGCCCUACACGGCAACCAAAUAACUAACAUUGAGAUAAUUCCAAAUCUACCAAAGCUCACAUUCUUAACCCUAUCGGAUAAUCAAAUAACUAACAUUCAACCUGGCGCAUUUUCAAAUCUACCAAAGCUUGCAAAUUUGUACCUAUCCAACAACAGAUUAACUAAUAUCCAAACUGGUGUAUUCUCAAACCUACUGAAUAUGAAAAAGUUGAGGCUAAGGUCUAACCAGAUAACUGACAUUCAGCCUGGUGCAUUAUCAAACCUACAAAGGCUUGAAACGUUGCAGUUGAAAUCCAACCAGAUAACUAUGAUUCACCUUAAAACCUUCUCAAAGCUACCCCACCUGAAAUAUCUAUUCCUGGAUUCCAACAACAUAACUGAGAUUCACGGAGGGACAUUCUCAAAUCUGCCACAGCUCCAAAUUCUGACCCUGCAGUCAAACCAUAUAUCUGUCCUUCCUCUGUCAGCAUAUAGCAUGUUGGCAUCUAUUCCUGAUGUGCAGAUUUUCAACAACCCCUGGCAGUGUGACUGUAGGAUGGUUCCCGUCUGGUUAAAAGUAAAUAGGUCACCAGACCCUCCUUCAUUUGUAAAUCAAAUCGUAUGCUCCCAGCCUGUCAUGUUCUCUGGACAGAAGAUCAAAGAUAUCAACCCCGUGGGCAAGAUCUGCAAAGUGGCACUACCAACCACACUGCCUGUCAAUCAGAUCAAAAUAUCAACCGUGUCUGUUCAUAGCAGGGAAAAUGCUGGCUUAACAGCACGUCCUGUACACACCACAUUCACCACACUGUCUGUCCAUCCGAGCAAAAUAUCAACUGUGCAUGUUGAUGGCAUGGUGAACUCUGGCUCAACAGCACGCCAUGUACACACCACACUGCCUGUCAAUCUGAGCAAAAUAUCAACUGUGUCAAUUGAUGGCCAGUUGGGCAGUAAUAAUAGCUCCUGCAAUUGCACCACUAGCCACACUUCUAACUACCAGUGGUGCUUUAAACAGUGCUCAGCAGCACGUCCUGUAGGCCCCACAUUCACCCCACUGGCUGCCGAUCCAAGUAAACCAGAGAACAACAGUUCCCAUGAACCAGGUCCCAGUUUUCCCCUACCUGUUGUCAUUGCCUCUGUCUGUGGACCAGUAGCUGGCAUUGUCCUGACUAGUGCUCUCAUUCUCACAAUCUGGUGCAAGAGGAGGGCCAAGAAUCCUCCUUCGCCCCCAAAUUCCAACAUUGCUUUGCGUAACACUAACAGGAAAGCUAAUGUAAUGCCUUUCGGCCAUGAUCAGACAGGGCAGGGCCAGUCGCAGGCUAUCACUGAGCCCAAGACACACGCCACAGCUGUCUCGCAGUCUCAUUACUAUGUAGAUGCAGACUCAUUCCCAAACCCUCCCAAACCUGGUGCAGGUCCAGGAUUACCUCCUAAAGCAAAGUCCCCUGUUCCACCCAGAAAAAGUACACUUCCUGCCCCUAGCACCCUCACCAGCCUACAUGAUGAUGAUGGUGAUUGUGUGUAUGUGGAGCCAGACGGUGCCAUGUAUAUGCAGCCAGAAAAUGUCCUGUAUGAGAUGCCGGCAGAUUCAGAUCCAAGACAGCCUACUGAAGAACCGUCCAAAGCACCACCCAAAAGAAAUCACUUCUUAAAGACAAGCCUAACUCCCCUCCCCGUGGUGAGGAUGAUGUUUAUGUGCAGCCAGAUGGUGCCCUCUACAUGA